UGUUGACGGUGGCAGGAAGUGUGUCGGGAGCCACGUCAUAGCCCUGUCAGUCCGCCACACUCACAUAUAAUGAACAUUUUUAGGUUGGCAGGGGAUCUUUCCCACCUGUUGGCAAUUAUUAUAUUGCUCUUGAAGAUCUGGACGAGUCGAUCAUGUGCAGGUAUCUCCGGGAAGUCGCAGAUGAUGUUCGCACUUACGUACACCACGCGAUACCUAGACCUCUUCACCAACUACAUAUCCUUAUACAAUUCCACCAUGAAGGUGAUCUUCCUGGCUGCUUCAUAUGCUACUCUGUACCUGAUUUACCUUCGCUUCAAGGCAACAUACGACCACAACCAUGAUACCUUCCGCGUGGAGUUCCUGCUCAUCCCAACAGUCAUAUUUUCUCUUCUCAUCAACCACGACUACUCUCCCUUAGAGAUCUUAUGGACUUUCAGUAUCUAUUUGGAAGCAGUUGCCAUCUUGCCCCAGCUAUUUAUGGUAUCCAAGACUGGUGAGGCGGAGAGCAUCACGUCCCACUAUUUGUUCGCCCUGGGCUCUUACCGUGCUCUCUACAUCUUCAACUGGGUUUACCGCUACUACGCUGAAGGCUUCUAUGAUCUGAUUGCCAUUGUGGCUGGAGUUGUGCAAACUGUCCUCUACUGCGAUUUCUUCUAUCUGUACAUCACAAAAGUUCUCCAAGGAAAGAAGCUCCAGUUACCAGCCUAAAGCAGCUGUUGAAGUUUUCCUGGUGCUGUCUGACACUCUGAAUGCAGAAGCUGCCAGCACUGCACUACACAACCCACUGUUUUAGUUGGGGACCCAUAUGUUCUUUACUUUCAUUGGAAAUUCUUAUUUAUAUAACUGUUUGAGAGAAUGUUGGCUCUAGUACUGACAAGCUGAACAAAUGUUAUCAGUUGAGGGUCUCAGUGUAAAAACUCCUAUCAAAGGAAUCUAUAAUUUUGGAUGAGCAUAUGAGAAGAUUGCAUCUUUAAGCUAUAAUAGUUGUAAGGAAUUUUUUAUUAAUGAAAUGUGCAUUUUUUCUGUUAUGAAGUGUUUUGGUUCAUAGAUCACUCAAAGUGUUUAAGGUAAGGAGAAACCCAAGCAUGUGAACACUAGCGAAGGAUCACGCUUCAUCGCCCUGUGACUGAGCUGGUCUAGUUUUACUUGAUGGUUUGGAACUUUGGUUGUAAAUUUUUUGUGACAUCGGUGAAUUAAUUUUUGAAAGCACAAGUGGGAAGUUUUUAGAUGUGGUAAUUGGAUUAAGCUAUAACAACAUUGUAGCUCUGGUGAUGAAAGUCUUUGCUGACACAGAGUUGUUGUUAUGCAGAAGUCAACUAAAUCUCACUCACAGAUGAACGUCUGACUUCGAUGACAGUGAUUAUGCGUGACUGGAUGGGGAAGUCGCACAACAAUAAAUGAAAGAUAUUGUAAAUUAUAUCACUGUCCUGUUUCAGUGGCCGUCGGUGGAAGCCAAAUGUGUCGAUAUUGUACUAACUUAAAACUGUUGUACUCUCAAUGAAUACAUCUUAGAUCAUAAGCAACAUUGACCAGGUGUGUAUAUGUCAGGUGUAAGAUGCAGUGGAACGUAGGAAUAGUAUACAUUUUUGUAUCAUUUCCCAAGCUUAUAAAAAAAAUUAUUAGUUUAUAAUGUAAGUUUAUUUUCGUAACUCAUCUUUCUUAUCUUGAGUAAAUGUGGCAUUAGAGUUACAGUACUGUACUCUGUGACAAGAUGUUUUUGGACUUACUUCAGGAUACUCUGAAGUUAGUGAUGGCAUAAACAACAUGGUUGAAGUGCCUGAUAGAGAUUGAUAUGCACAUCUUGUCACAAACAAGUAAUCUUGACUUAGAGCAUGGAUUGAAUUUGUGAAGAAAAUUAUCUACUCCGAUAGGUGGAUUGAUGUCCUGUUCUUUAGGACGAGAAAGACUUCCAGUAUGCACUUUUCCAAAUUUAAUACAGUAUAUGCCUUUUAUUUAGUUAGCUUUUAUUAAAAUAGGAAACAGACAUAGCUGUUUAUUGUAUGGUAUAAAUGCCCCUUUAUACUUUUGUUGGUGGUACUCUCGGUGAUUGAAUAACAAUGUGAUAGAUGGAUGGGAGAAUAUUGUUAUUCUUUUCUCUAGUAAGGAAAAUCCUUUUGUGGACAAAUAUUAAAUUAAGUAAUCAAAUACAAAAAUUAGUUUGGAAGAUGCAUCAGAUUGUCUUGAAAUAAAGUUCAGGGAAAAUCAAGUUUGAGUAUUUUCAUAAUUUCACUCAUUUUAAACCCAUGGAUUUUCUUUGCUGACAAUAUUAUCCCAAAUAAUCUCCUUAUGUUUCCAGUCCUUUACAGUAAGUAAAUUACACAGAGCAUUUUUUGGUAACCAGCAGUCUCUUGAGAAGUAACUCAAAUAAAAGGUCAUUGUGGUGAUUAUUAAAGUUUGUAUAAUAUU